CGCCGAGGUGCGUCUGAGAGCCACCGCGCCGCCCCGGGCACAGCGAGCCGGACGUGCCACCUGCGGGACCGGCCGCCGCGGGGGCUUCGCUGGGAAACACGGUUUCGCCGCGGGGGAGCCCCGGAGCGCGCAGGGGCGCGCGCGCACGCAGGCACACGCGCACUCACUCAUUGACACCCGCGCGUGGGCGCGCGCGCGCGCACACACACACACACACACACACACACACACACUCACACACACACGCACACACACGCUCACGCACACACCGCUCCUUCUUCACAACCGCAUCUCCAAACCGGCAGAGCGAAAAGCUGCUGCGAUUUCUCUGAACCCCAGCACCGCGGGGCGAAGCGGGGCCCUUGUGCACCGGGGAGAGCCAGCCCGGUGCCUGCGCUGGCUGCCGCGUCGGGGACGGAGCCCAGCAGAACGCUCUCCUCCACGUCGGCUGGAAUGCUUGCCAAUUCUGCUGCAGACCUCUAAGGCUGACCCUGCGGACCCCAGAACCCUGCUGGAAAAUGCCGUCUGAACACUGCCUCAGUAUUCAGGAAAUGCUGACGGGCCAGCGGCUCUGCCACUCGGAAUCUCACAACGACAGUGUCCUGGCAGCACUGAACCAGCAAAGGAGCGACGGCAUGCUCUGCGACGUCACCCUGAUUGCGGAGGAGCAGAAGUUCCACGCCCACAAGGCCGUCCUGGCGGCCUGCAGCGACUACUUUCGGGCCAUGUUCAGUCUUUGUAUGGUGGAAAGUGGAGCUGAUGAGGUGAAUUUGCAUGGUGUGACCAGCCUUGGCUUAAAGCAGGCUCUGGAGUUCGCAUACACAGGACAGAUUUUGCUGGAGCCGGGUGUGAUCCAGGAUGUGUUAGCGGCUGGCAGCCACCUGCAGCUGUUGGAGCUCCUCAGUUUAUGUUCCCAUUAUCUCAUCCAGGAAUUAAAUAUCUUUAAUUACUUGGAUCUGUACAGACUUGCUGACCUCUUUAACCUCACUUUGUUGGAGAAGGCAGUGAUCGAUUUCUUAGUGAAGCAUCUCUCUGAACUCCUGAAGAGCCGCCCAGAAGACGUUCUAACGCUUCCUUAUUGUCUGCUUCAGGAGGUCCUGAAGAGCGACCGCCUGACCUCCCUGAGUGAAGAGCAGAUCUGGCAGCUAGCCGUGAGGUGGCUGGAACACAACUGCCAUUACCAGUACAUGGACGAGCUCCUGCAGUACAUCCGCUUUGGGCUGAUGGACGUGGACACCCUCCACACCGUUGCCCUGUCCCACCCCCUGGUCCAGGCAAGCGAGACCGCCACGGCUCUGGUCAACGAGGCCCUGGAGUACCACCAGAGCAUCUACGCGCAGCCCGUGUGGCAGACCCGCAGGACCAAGCCCCGGUUCCAGUCGGACACCCUGUACAUCAUCGGCGGGAAGAAGCGCGAGGUCUGCAAGGUCAAGGAGCUGCGGUACUUCAACCCCGUGGACCAGGAGAACGCCCUCAUCGCGGCCAUCGCCAACUGGAGCGAGCUGGCGCCCAUGCCCGUGGGGAGGAGCCACCACUGCGUGGCGGUCAUGGGGGACUUCCUGUUCGUGGCGGGCGGGGAGGUGGAGCACGCCACGGGCCGGACGUGUGCCGUGAGGACCGCCUGCCGCUACGACCCCCGCAGUAACUCCUGGGCGGAGAUAGCCCCCAUGAAGAACUGCCGGGAGCACUUCGUGCUGGGCGCCAUGGAGGAAUACCUCUACGCCGUCGGCGGCAGGAACGAGCUGCGCCAGGUGCUGCCCACCGUGGAGAGAUACUGUCCCAAGAAGAACAAGUGGACCUUCGUGCAGUCCUUCGACAGGUCCCUCUCCUGUCACGCUGGCUACGUGGCGGAUGGUCUUCUCUGGAUAUCAGGUGGAGUAACUAACACCGCACAGUAUCAGAAUAGACUAAUGGUGUAUGAACCUAACCAGAAUAAGUGGAUAAGCCGCAGCCCCAUGCUGCAGAGAAGGGUCUACCACUCCAUGGCGGCCGUCCACAGGAAGCUGUAUGUCCUCGGAGGCAAUGACCUGGACUACAACAACGACCGGAUCCUGGUGCGGCACAUAGACUCCUACAACAUAGACACCGACCAGUGGACGCGCUGCAACUUCAACCUGUUGACUGGCCAAAAUGAAUCUGGAGUUGCUGUCCAUAAUGAGAGGAUCUAUUUAGUUGGUGGAUAUUCGAUUUGGACAAAUGAGCCUCUGGCUUGUAUCCAGGUUUUGGAUGUAAGUAGAGAAGGCAAGGAAGAAGUAUUCUAUGGGCCUACACUCCCUUUUGCUUCCAAUGGAAUAGCAGCAUGUUUCCUUCCAGCUCCAUAUUUCACAUGCCCUAAUCUUCAAACUCUUCAAGUGCCUCAUCACAGGAUUGGCACCAUCUGAAAAGCCAAUGCUCUGUUAAUUACCAUCACAACAGGAGGAAAAAAAGCCUGACUUUUGGAUACUGGGCAUGAAAAGACUGAGUGCUCAAUGCUUCCCUGUCUUGUUUUAUAGGUCUUAUAUUCAGAUAAACAUUAGAAAAAAGGAAAAAGAAAAAAAAAAAGAACAAUUUUCUAAAAUACAUAACUGAAAAUUCCUGUCACCCUUUUCCAGUGUGUGUAAUGUAUUGUACAAUACAACAGCAUAUGUAUGAAUGACUUUUAUUGUGGUAUAGCUUAGUGCCAACUUAAUGGUCCAUUUCUGUUUUAUGGGUCUUUAGAGCAUUUUUUCUACACUUUUUCUAACCAGAGCUGUCUAGGACAACAUGACAGCACUAGCAAGUCAAUUUAUUUACAAGUACUGUCAUUGAUCUCUAAAAUACUUCAGUACUCAAUCCCUUUGCUACUUAAACCUGGGUUUAUAAUUUUCCUUUAAAAAAUUAACAUUAUACAACCCUAUUCAGUGGAGACCCAACAUUAUGACAUCAUGAAUUUUAAAAUGCCAUAAUGCAUUUAAGUUAAUAUGAAUAAUAGAAGUACAAGGGAUCAGCAGUCGGAAUAUUCACAGUUUUCUUUCGCCUUUAUUACUCUGUGAACUUGGGCUUAACUUUACAGAGCUUCAGUUUUCCCACUGUUUAAGGAGGAUAAUUAGUGAUUUCCAUAUCAAUUUAGAAGAAUGGUGUGAAGAUUAGGCACUGAAAUACUUCACCCAAG